CAGGUUUGAUCGAAACAUCAAAACACUGAUUAAAAUAAAGUUAAAAUCUAUAAAAAUGUCCAACAAAACGAAAAGAUUGCUGGAAAAGUACAACAUUCUGGUGGAGCAUCUCGAUUAUGGUUACAUUGGAAAGUGCUCUGACGGAAGCGAGUUGGAAAAGAUCGUUAAAAUUCUUCGCUCCGGGCAGGAGGGUCACUAUCCAGAUUUAACGGUAUUCGCCAUGCGUCAGCUGAAAUCCGUGAAGCCUGAUUCGAAAUUGUUCCGCCAAGAAACCCCACUGGUCACACGGUAUAGUACAACAAGCGAGCAUUGGGAUCGAAUCAAUCAGGACCUGACUAAGUGGGAAAAUGACAUGCAGAACCUACAAAAUGAUAUGCUGAGCGUGAAGGAGCCUUCGCCUAGAGAUUUGCCACCCAUAAGAACGGCGUCGUUUAAAGAUGGACAAAGUUCGGAAAUUGCGAUCAAGAAACAGGAUAUGCGAAUCAAAUCAUGCGAUUACGAAAAUUGGGAUCGAUACGAUCCUGACGCUGAAAUUCUGAAGAUGGAUCUGGAAGAAGAACGCCACAAAGACCUUGUGCUAAAAGAAAAUGAGCGGAACUUAAGCGACAAAAUAAUCCAAGAAAUCCACCCAAAUGAUGUAACUGUACUAACCGAAGCCGAGAAGAAAAUACUGGCACUAAAACAUAAGGAAAAGGGUAACGAUUACUUUCGAAGCAAAGAAUACCAGCAAGCCCUCGUGGAAUACAAUAACAGCAUUGCAAUUUUCCCGUCAGCAGCUUGCUUCAACAACCGUGCUAUUACAAAAAUCAAGCUCAUGCUGUACAAAGAAGCCAUAUCCGAUUGCGAAGAAUGUUUGAAGAAAGAACCAACCAAUGUGAAGGCUUUAUGUCGCAAGGCAGAAGCUCUUAAACUUGACGAUAAACGCCGCGAGGCUUAUCAGACGUACUGUCAAAUUUUACGGCUCGAUUCAGAACACAAACUAGCAAAAGGCGCAAUCGAGGACCUUCGUCGUCAACUUCCGGAUCUACCUCCGGCGAAUUCCUUUCAAGUGCAAAUCGAGGAGGUUGUCAACGAUGACGAUGAUUUUGCGGCUCUCGUUAAACCUAAAAAGAUCGUUAAAGACAAACUUCCCGAAGCUGUGCAAAGUUUGAAAACAGAAACUGCCAAAAUGGUACAGAAGGCUAAAACUGCAAAUCUUCAGGAAAGUAAAGUCGAAAUCUUACCGCAACGACCUACAAAGAAAGUUCUCAUUGAAGAAAUAAACUGAAAUCAUAGAUGUAGUCCUAGAAAUAUAUUAGACAAUACAAAAUAACGAUUAUAGAAAUAAAUUGAUAUAGUAAAAGAC